AGUAAACGCCUUGCCUGUGCCCCGGAAGUGAAUUCGUGAGCAAAAUUGUGAGUUGUGCUGUCGGAGUAGCAGCAUAAGACAUGGGGAGCUAGACGACGGAAUUCGAUGAUCAUUAUUCCUGGUCCCCACAACCCCUGAACAAAUUCAGAUCCUUUCAAAUCUCAUGCUAUCCAGACAAAAGCCUAGAAGAGUAUGAAUCAGUUCCAGUCACAACCUUUAAUCAACCUUUCCAGCUAUUCUUCUACUGUGAAAACAGAGACUGCCAGCACUCCUCCUAUUACUACUACCAUGGCAAACAACACAGCUGUGGCAGCAGCAGCAGCGACUAAAAUGCCAAGUGCUCCUGGACCUGCUGGACGACUGAGCCCUGAAGGCACACAGGUACUGAGUAAAAAGAAGCUGCAAGACCUGGUGAGAGAAAUCGAUCCCAAUGAACAACUGGAUGAGGAUGUUGAAGAGAUGUUACUCCAAAUUGCAGAUGAUUUUAUUGAGAGUGUGGUGACGGCUGCCUGUCAGCUCGCACGUCAUCGCAAAUCCAAUACUCUAGAGGUUAAAGAUGUCCAAUUGCAUCUGGAGCGCCAGUGGAACAUGUGGAUUCCAGGUUUUGGUUCAGAUGAAAUUAGACCCUAUAAGAAAGCUUGUAUGACAGAAGCCCAUAAACAGAGAAUGGCUUUGAUUCGUAAAACAACCAAAAAAUAGCGAAGUGGACGGACUGACAUUCUUCUACUCUGUAUGUUUGUGAGUGCGUGUGUGUGUAUGCGUGCUGCACUUUUGAAGGAUGUAGGAUGUAUGUGGUUUUUAUUUUUUUGUUCUUUCCCUCUUUUAUGCAAUGAUUGAGAUCGGAAUAUAUACAGAUUAGGAUCUGACUAACAUACUUAAAAAUUAUUUUUUGUGGUUCCCAACAUUUUUGCACUGGGGGGGAAAUUUGGAACUGUUUACAAGAAUCAUACUUGUGAGGAAAAUAACCAAUCAAAUAAUGUGAAAGGAUUACAAUUAUGGAUGCCAGUCUUCUGUUGUCUUUAAUUUUAGCAUCGAAAGAAGGAAGCAUGUUUGUCUGAAGCCUUUAGUUUCUAUUUCAUAUCCUGAGUUGUACGGCAUUGUUUUAGUCGGGGAAAGCACCUAAUAAAAAAAUCGAAAAUGUGGUUUAAUAGCUGGAAACUGUUACUUCAACCAGAUCUACCUGAGUAAGCUGCUGACUCCCUGAAUCGAGCACUCUGUUGCACUGUCAGCUGAAAUGGCAGUGUUUUGUUUUUACUGUUUCACGAUUAAUCUGAAUGAAGCCCUGACUUCUUGAUUUAUUUUACAUAAUGUAACUUAAAGAUUCCUUCCCGGUGAUAUAAACUUGGAAUAUAGCGGCAGCCCCAGCAAUUUUUUCUUUUAUAUCACUGUACCAUUUAAGUACUAGCUUUUGUUCAUUUUUGUUUUCUUGAAUAAAAAGAGAUUGACCUUU